AUGCAGCUGAUUACCGAUAAGAAGAAUCUGAAUACCCUGCCGCAUUAUACUCGUUACAUUUCAUCAAAGAAUGGACGCGAAAAAGACUUGUCAAUCCUGAGAAUGAAGAAACAAAUCAAAAACACGCUCAAUAUAAAACCAGAAAACGAUAGCUUGGACAGUUACUUGUUGUCCGUUUUCAAUAUGGAAAACACAAAUCCGACAUAUGUAUUUCUGCUUCCUAGUGUGGACAAGAAACAUAUUCAUAAACUAAUUUACCAAAAAAGUGAUUUCUUGGAAGCGGAAUUUCCUAACGUUACAUCCAUAAACAAAUUCAAACGAAGUUUGAAUCAUUCGUUGUAUGAAUAUAGUGAAAAUAAUGAUUACGUCGAGCACGAGGUCAGGACUUUCUCAAAAGCGGACGACAAUGAUGAUUGCGAUAAUAGCAUGAAAGAAAUAGUAGAAGAAAACAUCAGGACUGAGCGAAAUUUCAUAGAAUUCAUGGAUGAUCUCAAUGACGACCUUGAACAGGAGCUGAAAAGACAAAUUCUUAAGCACAAACAUCCCGUACACGGCAGCGCGACGUUCAAGCAAACCACUCUUUUUACUCCUUAUACGUAUGUGAAUACUCAAACAGUCGGCUGGGACGAUCUUGGAUUAGAAGGAUGGAGUGGUGGCUUGAAAGAAAUUACCGGCCAUGUGUAUGAACAUCCUGUUAUCGAAAGGCCAAAAACCAAAGUCGUACAUCAUGAACCCACUGUUACCAUUCAAGCCAGUUUUGAUCCUGUAAAGUUUCUUAAAAAGCCAAGUGCUACCAAAACGGUUAUUGCAGCAACCACUAGCCGCUCGGUAAACAUUACCAGCAGUACCGCUCCACAACGUCAUAAAAAUCCCGCUCUGCUGCUUACCAAUGAAAUUGAACAGAAGUUAGAGGAUAUCCUAAAUCGAACGAGAACUAUUCAGGGAAAAGCUCCUCGCUGGCCGAUUACAAACAGUCGUGAUGCACACCGGGAUAGAGACGUAUUUAUUGCGAGGGCCAACAAUCCUUUUGGUCACUCCACCAAAUGGCGAUGGAGCAAUGAAUCUGAUGAAAUCGAGCGAACUGCAACCGAUUCAAUUCAAACAAAGGAUGGCCGAUCAAAACGUGGCGUGUACAAUCUUUACUCCAUGAUAAAGUGCUCAACUGGAUGCGAUCCGAUCAUUUACAAGGGCUACGGUUGCUACUGUGGGUUUCUAGGCUCGGGGAAAGCAUUGGACGGAAUUGACAGGUGUUGUAAAAUGCACGAUUACUGCUACUCGAAUGCGAAUUGUCCUAUGUUUUUGGAGUAUUUUGUACCGUACUUGUGGAAGUGCUACCAUGGACGGCCGCUGUGUGCUGUUGAUCAUGGAGAAUGGGGUGGACCUCAAUCAUGUGCCUCACGUUUGUGCCACUGUGACCUGUCACUAUCGAAAUGUCUCCGGCGGUAUCACUGCCCGCGAAAGCGAAACGUCUGCACAACAUCGCCUCUGAGGUUGCUGCAAAAUCUAGUGAUGAUCCUUUGA